AUGUCUCAAAGUAAUUUGAACUCGGCCGAGAUGAAUUUUACUCAUAAUGGAGGAUCGGAAUCAACUAAUAAUGAAAGUAAUGAUCAUUCAAAGAAGAGAAUAAGAGUGGCCUGUGAUACAUGUCGUCGGAAGAAGAUUAAAUGUGAUGGUAAAUUCCCCUGUGGGAACUGUUCUCAAUCAUCAAAUGAAAGUAAUUGUAUAUAUAAAGAAAGACCACAGAAGAAGAAACCGCCUCCUGCUCCAAAGCGUCUGAUUCAAAAAGUUAAAGGUCCUACAAAGAGAGUUUCCAAUAGUAAAACCAUUGAAGUAUUGGAUAAUCGACUUUCUACUUUAGAAAGUGUCAUUAUCCGACUUACUGAUAAGUUAGAUGAAAUAACUCAAACGCCUGUCUCGGUAAAUUAUAAGCCAGGAGAUCAUGGAAAUAAGAGUCUGAUUCAUGUUAAACCUCAUUCCCAGUCACAGUCACUGUCACAUGAUUACCUAAAUAAUGGAAACGGAAAUGGAAAUGGCAAUGGAAAUGAAGAAGACGGAGAAGAUGAUGAUGAUGAUGAUGAUGAAGAUGAAGAUGAAGAAGAUGAUGAUUUAACUGCUUCUGAUAGUCCACAAUCAGCCGAAUCUUCUGAUGAAGGGCUGGAUGGAGGUAGUGAUCCUAAGAAAAGUGAAGAUCUUCAUGCUAAUGAUCCAUUAAGACCCAAUAAGGGAAUAUUAAAAACUUUAAAAUUCGAACAAUUCUUUGGAACUCAUUCAAUAAUGAGUAUAUUUUCUCAAAAAUCAUUAGAUUGGAUUGAAGCUCAUUUAGGUACGGCCGCUCCUGAUGUUAUAACUCCAAUAAAAAAUUUACCAUUAGUAUUUUAUAAUAAAUUAAAACCAUUUACAUUAAAAUUUAUUGAUCCACCAAUUGUUGAUGCAAAAGGUCGUAAAAAAUUACUUGAAAGACCAUUACCUGAUAAAGCCAUUGUCAUGGCAUUAUUUGAUACUUAUUAUACUGAUAUUACUAUGUUAAGUAAUUUAUGUCGAGCCCCUUAUGCUCGAGAAUUAUUUGAUGAUUAUUAUAAUAAUUUUAAUCAACCUGAUGUAUCUAAAAGACGGAAAUUUAAAUUAUCUGAAUUUCUUAUUAUGACAGUAGUAUUAUUAUUAUGUAUAUCAGCAAAAAUUGAUGAAGAUACAAUUGCUCAAGAUACUCGGGCUAAAAAUAAAGGUAAUGAAGAUGCAGCUCGAUCAUUAACUACAGAUCAAAUUUAUGGAUUAAUUAAUAAUUUACUUGAUAAUUGUAUUUAUUAUUAUCAUCGAAUUUCCGUUAUAAGUGAAGGAUUAGAAACGGUUCAAGGAUUAUUAUUAUUAGUAAUUUAUAUUGAAGGAAAUUGGUUAACUAGUCAUGCUAAUUAUAUAUUAACAUCAGUAGCCGUAAGAUUUGCUCAAGAAAUUGGAUUACAUCGAUGUGAAACUUAUGAAGGAUUAAGUUUAGAAGAUCAAGAAUUAAGAAGAACUAUUUGGUUAUAUUGUCAAUAUUUUGAUAUGGAAAUUUGUUUUAGAAGUGGUAAACCUCCAUUAAUUAAUGAUAAAGAUGUAACUACCAAUAAAGAUGAAGAUUUAGAAGCAUUUUGUCGAUUAAAUAUUGAUAAAUGUAAAGAGAAUGAUCUAUUAAAACCUUCAAUUAAUCCAAAUUUCCCAAUAAUUAGACAAAUUAUAAGUAUACUGAAAGCCAAUAAUCAUCCAUCAUUCUUUUAUUUUUAUUUAUUAAUGAUAACUAAAAUAAGAUCAAAAUCAUAUAAUGAUUUAUUUUCUGCUACAGCAUUAUCUGAAGGUACAAGACCAUUAUCAAAAACUUUAGAUUCUUUAAAUCAAGAUAUGUUUGAUAUAUCUGAUAUGGUUGCUGAAUAUGCUAAACCAAUAUUUUAUAAUGAUCCUCAAUUUACUACAAUUCCUGAUGAAUUAACCCGAGCAGAAAAGGAAAGUAUUCUUGGAUUACAAUUAACAUUCUUUUUACAUUUAAUGCUUAUGAAUAGAUUACCUUCAAUGGUAUUAACAUCUACUGAAGAUAUUCAAUCCCAAAAAUUUAGAAAUAUCUCAUUAGAUUCUGCAAGAACUAUUAUAAUUCUUGUAAGACAAUUAAAUAAGGGUAAAUUAAGUAUAUCAUUCUUUAGUUGGUUUUCAUUCUUUCCCAUUGCUGCAUUUCUAACAUUAUCAGCAGCCAUUAUGAAUCAUCCAAGUAUAACCGAAACUUUUGAUGAUAUACAAUUAUUAAUUGAUUGUUCAAUGAAUUUCUUUGGUGAUAGUGCAACUAGUGAACAUAAGGGAGCCAUCUAUCAUUCAUUAGCUGGUAAAGAAGUCUUACUUAGUUUAAUUGUUAAAGUAGUAUUAAGAAUGGUACUUAAAUUUUAUGAAUCAAAGACCAAUAUAAAUCUUGCUGAUACAAAUCCCAUAUUAAAGGAUCAUUUAGAUAGUGUGAAGAAAUCGUAUCCGGAAUUAUUUGAAGGUAAAUUAGCUCUUUCAUCAAAAUUAGCUUAUAUCUUUGGUGCUUCACCAUUUUCCAAUAAUAUUAAUGAUCCAGGUUCUAGUAGUAGUAGUAUAUCUACCACUAAUUCUCAUAAUGAUUCUACAAUUAAAGCAGGUCAAUCGAAUCAUGGUCAUAGUAAUCAAGUUCCAUUCCGUAAUAGUCCUUAUGCUUUAUCGCCAAGUUAUAAUCCGGCCUUAUCAAAUAUUCUUCAUCCUAAUGAUAUUCCUGUAAAUCAAUCUCCUCAAUCAGCUAUUCGUCAACCAUCUCAUAUUCCUUAUAAUCCAGGGGUUUCUACCACUCCUGGUGUUGGACCGAAUCCAUCAGUAUUUGGUGGUGCAAAUGCAAAUGCUGGUGUUAAUUCGGCUAUAACUCCUAAUUCAGAAGCACUCAUGGAUUACUUAAAUGAUGAUAAUUUAUCUACAAUGUUUUAUUCCCAAAUGAAUAGUUUACCGAAUUUCUUCUUUGAUAAUAAUUCUGGUAUAUAA